CCCUCCAAGAAGAGCCUCAGCUUCAUCUGCAGCUACAGCUCCUCUUCGACACACGUCUUUUUUCAGGACACACAUCAAUUCCAUAUACACAUACACCUGCCCACUUCUAGCUAGCUUGCUUUCAGAAUCCAGAUACACAUACACCAGCCGGCGUCCAGCUAGCUCACUUGCGAGCUGUAGUACGUCGCUGCAUAUUCCAAUGGAGUGCGAGAAUGGGCAAGUCGCCGCCAACGGCGAUGGCUUGUGCGUGGCGCAGCCGGCGCGGGCCGACCCACUGAACUGGGGGAAGGCAGCGGAGGAGCUCUCAGGGAGCCAUUUGGAUGCGGUGAAGCGGAUGGUAGAAGAGUACCGUAAGCCGGUGGUGACCAUGGAGGGUGCCAGCCUGACCAUCGCGAUGGUCGCCGCGGUGGCUGCCGGCAGCGACACCAGGGUCGAGCUCGACGAGUCCGCCCGCGGCCGCGUCAAGGAGAGCAGCGACUGGGUCAUGAACAGCAUGAUGAACGGCACCGACAGUUACGGUGUCACCACCGGCUUCGGCGCCACCUCUCACCGGAGGACCAAGGAGGGCGGCGCUCUGCAGAGAGAGCUCAUCCGAUUCCUUAACGCUGGAGCCUUCGACACCGGCACCGACGGCCACGUUCUGCCUGCCGCGGCGACGAGGGCGGCGAUGCUCGUCCGAGUCAAUACCUUGCUCCAGGGAUAUUCAGGCAUCCGCUUCGAGAUCCUGGAGACGAUCGCCACACUUCUCAACGCCAACGUGACACCAUGCCUACCGCUUCGGGGCACUAUCACCGCGUCGGGUGACCUCGUCCCACUUUCCUACAUCGCCGGCCUGGUCACCGGCCGCCCAAACUCCAUGGCGACAGCUCCGGAUGGUUCGAAGGUUAAUGCUGCAGAGGCAUUUAAGAUCGCCGGCAUCCAGCACGGCUUCUUCGAGCUACAGCCCAAGGAAGGCCUUGCCAUGGUGAAUGGCACGGCGGUGGGCUCAGGCCUUGCAUCCAUGGUGCUUUUCGAGGCAAACGUCCUUAGCCUCCUUGCUGAGGUCUUGUCGGCCGUCUUCUGCGAGGUCAUGAACGGCAAGCCGGAGUUCACCGACCACUUGACCCACAAGUUGAAGCACCACCCCGGGCAAAUUGAGGCUGCGGCCAUCAUGGAGCACAUCCUUGAAGGCAGCUCCUACAUGAUGCUCGCAAAGAAACUCGGUGAGCUUGACCCACUGAUGAAGCCAAAGCAAGAUAGGUAUGCACUCCGCACGUCGCCGCAGUGGCUUGGCCCUCAGAUUGAGGUCAUCCGUGCUGCCACCAAGUCAAUCGAGCGGGAGAUCAAUUCCGUCAACGACAACCCACUCAUCGAUGUCUCGCGCGGCAAAGCUAUCCAUGGUGGCAACUUCCAGGGCACGCCCAUCGGUGUGUCCAUGGACAACACCAGGCUUGCCAUUGCUGCGAUCGGCAAGCUCAUGUUUGCCCAGUUCUCGGAGCUGGUGAACGACUUCUACAACAACGGUCUGCCUUCCAACCUCUCCGGUGGGCGCAACCCAAGCUUGGACUAUGGCUUCAAGGGUGCCGAGAUUGCCAUGGCCUCGUACUGCUCCGAGCUCCAAUUCUUGGGCAACCCUGUGACCAACCAUGUCCAGAGCGCGGAGCAACACAACCAAGAUGUCAACUCUCUUGGUCUCAUCUCCUCAAGGAAGACCGCAGAGGCCAUUGACAUAUUGAAGCUCAUGUCCUCGACAUUCUUGGUCGCGUUGUGCCAGGCUAUCGACCUCCGCCACCUCGAGGAGAAUGUCAAGAAUGCUGUCAAGAGCUGCGUGAAGACGGUGGCUAGGAAGACACUGAGCACUGAUAACAAUGGCCAUCUCCACAAGGCACGCUUCUGCGAGAAGGAUCUUCUGCUCACAAUCGACCGUGAGGCCGUGUUCGUGUACGCAGAUGACCCCUGCAGCGCCAACUAUCCCCUCAUGCAGAAGAUGCGUGCAGUUCUUGUGGAGCACGCCUUGGCCAAUGGUGAGGCCGAGCGCGACGUGGAGACGUCGGUGUUUGCCAAGCUUGCCAUGUUCGAGCAGGAGCUCCGUGCAGUGUUGCCAAAUGAGGUCGAGGCCGCCCGCAGUGCCGUGGAGAAUGGCACUGCAACACAGCAAAACCGUAUCGCCGAUUGUCGGUCAUACCCGCUCUACCGGUUCGUGCGCAAGGAGCUUGGAACAGAGUACUUGACCGGGGAGAAGACGCGGUCUCCUGGCGAAGAGGUGGACAAGGUGUUCGUUGCCAUGAACCAGGGCAAGCACAUCGACGCGCUGCUGGAGUGUCUCAAGGAGUGGAACGGCGAGCCCCUACCUAUCUGUUGAACAGAGGAUCCAGGAAUGGAAGAGCAGCUGCUUCAGAUUUCAGAAGGCUCCAGUGAUUAUACUGUUUUUUCAUUGUAAUUUCUAAAAGUUGAUGUUUGCAACGUUCUUCCAGAGCUUCCAAUGCCAAAGAUUGCAAUUGCAUGACUUGGUAGUGUUGGGUAGCCGGUAGAACUUUGUUGAUGUAAGUUAUAAAAGGGUACAGUGUGUGAUAAGUUUCCAUGAUAAAUAUACUGGUUCAAGAAAGUAAAA